AUGGCGUGGGAGCGCCAAGCGACGAACAAGCUCCCGAAUGAUUUCGACAUACAAAAUGCACAUGCAUGUCGCUCACAGGUGCAGAAGUGGCAGGCUGGAGUGGCUGGUGCGACCAGAGUCAGGGCCGGGCGCAUCAUGCGAGACGGCGCAGUCUUCUAUGCUUAUUGCACUUCUCACCAGCAAUGCUCUUUUGUGUGGCGCCAUGAAUUUUCCACGGCAGAGGCUGGCGGAAAGGAGCACGAAGUCUGUUCCAAAGGAAUCCAUGCGGAGGAGCCGCGCAAGGUGCGGGGGACAGCUGUGGAUGUGAGGGAGCAAGCCAACGCGUUGACUCAGAGCAACACUCCUAUGCAGGCUACGGUGCGGCUCGUGGAGAAGGGUGUGGACGUGGAAGAGUGGCCAUCCAAAGCAGACUUGACAAAGGCCAGGAGACGAACCACCAGGCAGCCGGACAGGGGAGCUGAAGCGGGAGGGGGCACUACCUUGGGGCAGUGGCUGGAGCACCUCAAAGAGAUCGAUGACGCAGAGACACCGUGGCAGACUAUUGCACGGGCAGAUGGCUGCGGAGUUGUCAUGUGCCAAAAGUUCGCAGAGGUUGCAGCCGAUCUUAUUGCCCAAGCCCAAGGGGAAGCAGGCAGUGGGCAUUAUCUGGUUGGCGCGCAUGAUUGCACCUACAAAGUUUUCUCCAGCGACUGGGGGUUGUGGAAGUUUUGUCUUGCGUGCAAGAGAUAUGACGAGGAAGGGCUGCCGCGCACAAGCUUGGCGACGAUUGCUUUGGGGUAUGUGCCCAAGGAAGGGGAGGAGCAGAUGGUGACGGUUCUGCACCUUCUGAAAGAGUGGCAUGAGCAGCGCGGCAACAAAUUGGGCGAAAUGUUGCACCAAGUGCAUGCAGAUGAAAGCCAGGCUGGGCAAAAUGCCUUGAGAAGAGUCUUUCCCGGCACUGUCUUCAUUCUGGAUGUGAGACACCAGCUGGCCACGAUCGUUCGGCGUGGUGGAGCUAGCAAGGAGACCAAGAGCAUGGUGGCAGCAAAUUUGCAGUUCGCAUUCAGUGCGCUAGGCUUUUCCCAGCCCCUGUUCCAUCUCUACAUUGACAGCCUCCUGCAGCGCCUUGUGGAAUUAGGCGAACUAGAUUUCGUGCAGUACCUGCAGACAGAAGCAACGCCCGGCCUGACCGCCCUGACUGUCUCGCAGUCCUUGGAAGCUUCGUGGCAACACUUGAAAAACAAGUUGCCGAUAAAUGUGGCGAAGCUGCCGAGUACGAGCGCGUUGGAUCGUGUACUUCAGGCAACAGAGGCGGAGGUGAACAGCCACGGGCCGUACAAGCUGAAGGUGUGCGGCCUGAGUCAACGUCUGGUCAGCGGAGCGGCCGUUUUUACCGAAAGGAUUGGAGUCUUAGAAGAGAAGCAGCUGAGACUUCCAUGUGCCAAGAUGCUGUGGCAACAUUGCCCGUCUAACACAAAGACGUUCGAGUUCAAGCCCGGCGAGCUGCCCGAGGUGUUGUCCGCCUUUGUUGUUCCACUCUCGCAAGCAGGUAUGGUCAUAGACCAUGAGGUUGCUUCUUGCAUGAUCUCCUUGGUGCGCCUCUGCGAGUCAUCGGUGGCGCAGACAAGCCAUCAGGUGCGAAGCGAAUUGGAGAAAGCCCCUGGGUUGUGGCAUGCCGAGGCUGGCCGAUUGUCCUUGACGAAGUUGAAGGAAGUGUUAGCCAAC